AUGGAUCGGUGCCAUGUGUAUACCUGUGUCGACGAUUUGGUUUUUGCCGGCAAUGAUCCAAGGGACAUUGACUGGCUCCUCGACAACAUGGUGGUUGGGAAACCGACAUUACCAUCGCGGCCAAUGCCACUACUAACCCUGAAUCCAAGGGUUCCAGCGCAAAGUCACAAUGAGUUGACGUACCAUGACGACUAUCGGCGUGCUGACAUCGAAUACAACUACAGGUACAUGGUCAGAGCCGAUGAGAUCUUGAAUACAGCGGAGAUAGGCAAGACAAAUGUGACCACUGGUUCCCUUGGGACAGGUCCGCACGUCAGGAGUCAGAAACAUGAAUUUAUUGGUUGUCAAGCUCUUUGCCUACAGUUGUACCCUCCACCUACCUCCUACCAGGCCAAACACCCACGAACCGAUCGUGGCGCCACAGACAAUUACUUCAUGGCACUACACAAGGAUCCAUCCAACCUGGACAAGCUCCCACCAUACCAGGCCAAACACCCACGAACCGAUCGUGGCGCCACAGACAAUUACUGCAUGGCACUACACAAGGAUCCAUCCAACCUGGACAAGCUCCCACCAAUUGGAUGGGCGAUCCCCCCCCAGCUUGGUCCCCUCUUAUCAUCCAACUACUUCAUGGCUCUGCACAAAGAACCAUCGAACCCAGACAAGCUUCGGCCAAUAGGCAUGGGUGCUGCCCUCAGGCGGGUGGUAGGUAAAUAUGCCAUGGAAUAUUUGCAGUCACGUCUGGCCACUUACCUUGUUCCCUUUGGGCAGUUUGCAAUUGCAGUCAAAGGAGGCUUGGACUUCAUGGUGGAUGUAGCUCGUACUCAACUACACAGGUUUGUCUCUUGUCCUGAUCCCUCCCGAGCCCUUCUGUUACUAGACAUCAAGAACAUGUUCAACGAAGUAUCCCGAGUCGCAGUUCGAGACUUCCUUGUUGAGUCACCUGAGUUUUCAUGUCUUGUUCCACUCUACGAUCUUCUCUACUCUACACCCAACAAGUGCCACUAUUUUGAUGACAACAACGACCUUCAAUACUUCCUCCAACAAGAAGGUCAUGCACAGGGGUGCCCCAUUGCCCCCACCAUGUCUGUGUUCAAUUUGUGCCUCCUCCUCAAGUUGGCACUCCAUCUACCAAUCCAAUCAUCCAAGAAGCUCUGA